ACACCACUACUAUACAUUUACUAUACAUGGUUCAAAAUCAAAUUAAUCCAGGUCGUCUUGUAAGCUAAGUAAUAUGAUGAACAUUUCAGCUUGGCUGCUCAGAAUCCCCAGUUACCAAUUCCAUGGCUUUGCUUUCACCAUUUGUUUGUUAUCUAAUUGAGUCCUUUCCGUAAAAAGCUUCUAUUUUACUUGGAGUUGGGUGUGGAUCCACGUAAAUUGCCGAUUCCAAAAGUUCCCUUGCACUGCCCAAUCAAUUCUGCGCGUAUUCCUUCUCAUGGCUGUCCUUAGUCCUCCCAAACUCCUAAUUUCAUCUUCUCUUCUCCAGUUCCAGCAGCUCCAUUACCCAAUUCCCUUCAAUUUUCAGCAAAAAAACCCUAAUGGUAUCAAUAAACAUUUCUAUUUAGAACGCCAUCAGCGUCUCCUUCCUCUGUCUAGAGCUCUUAGCGAAUGGCAAGAUUAUGAAGAGGCAGUGAAGCGCAAGGAUCUCGCUGAAGCUCUUAGGUUUCUCGAAUCCUUUGACAGAGACAGCGCAAUCGAACCCAUUAAUGAUUCCGCACCUGCUGGUUCAGCUCCGUCUGCUCUUGCGAAUCCGCGGUUGUCUGGCUGGGAGAGGGACUGGGAGGUACUAGACACUUGUUUGAAUGCGGAUGAUAUGAAGCUUGUUGCCGAUGCUUAUGGGUUUCUCAGGGAUAGAGGAUUUUUGCCCAAUUUUGGAAAAUUCAGGAAUAUUGUUUUGGAGGGUCGACGAGAUGUCACCCCAUCUGUGUUGGAGUCUACAACUGGAUUAGAAGUGUCCAAGUUGUCUCCAAAGAAAUGGGGUGUUUCAGGCAGCUCUCGUUACGCUUUGAUUGCUUUUCUUGGUGGAACAUCAUUUCUGCUCUCGCAGGACAUAGAUAUUAGGCCAAACCUUUUGGCACUGCUGGGGCUAGCAUUUUUGGAUUCUAUCCUUCUUGGUGGUACUUGUCUAGCACAAAUCUCAAGCUAUUGGCCACCAUAUAGGCGUCGAAUCCUUGUACAUGAAGCUGGACAUCUACUGACUGCUUACCUCAUGGGCUGCCCGAUUCGUGGAGUGAUUUUGGAUCCAAUUGUUGCUAUGCAAAUGGGGAUACAAGGACAGGCAGGUACGCAGUUUUGGGAUGAAAAAAUGGCAAGCAGCCUUGCUGAAGGACGUUUGGAUGGUACUUCCUUUGACAGGUACUGCAUGGUCCUUUUUGCAGGUAUUGCAGCUGAAGCUCUUGUUUACGGUGAAGCAGAGGGUGGAGAGAAUGAUGAAAAUUUGUUUAGAAGUAUUUGCAUUCUUUUGCAACCCCCAUUAUCUGUUGCACAGAUGUCAAAUCAAGCAAGAUGGGCCGUUCUACAAUCUUACAAUCUGCUGAAGUGGCACAAACAUGCACACCAAACAGCUGUCAAAGCUUUGGAAAGUGGAAGCAGUCUCAGUGUUGUAAUUAGGAGAAUUGAGGAUGCAUUGUCGACAAAUAGAUGAAGCAUGAAAAUACAACCCUACAUAUUUGUUUCAUUCCUCUUCUUAAACUCCUUGCAGGAUGCAGAAGAUAGCGGUCUUAUACAUUUAUUAAUGGUCUGAUAUAUCAAUUCGAGGGCCAGUCUUUUCCUUUGGCCACUUCGGCUGCCUGCUAUUAGGAUAGUUCUUUGGAGGAUAUGUGUGUGUUGGUGCCCAUGUUUUGAACCUUAGGAAAAAGUUGACACUGGAAAGCGGGAUGUACAGCAUUAAAGAAUAGAAGAAUGAGACUUGGCUCAGCUGAACCUUUUGUUUUGAGAUGGUUGGCCUGAACCUACACUUCUCAAGUAGUUUCAAAUGGACACAAUUGCCUAGAUGUUCCUGCCUGCUCUCUCUCACGAAUGCUCGCACACACACAAUUCAUGAGACUGACCUUUCCCGUCGGUUCUCUAUGCCAUGUCCUGAACUUUUGAUAAUUUUGAAUAAAACACAUAAUUUCUACUGUUUACAA